AUGGCGAUCGAUACCAAUAAACGAAGCAGUAGUAGUAGUAGUAAUUACAGCUACUGCUCCUCCGGCAAUGUGCGCGCUACCUGCUAUACCGUAAACGCCCGCACCACGGCUCUCCAGGGCUUCCAUUAUUCCACUACGGGGGCUGGCGGGGCCGAGUGUCCCCCCCUCGCCGCCAGACACACGUCCACCACCAAGCUUCCGACAACCAUCGGACGGGCGCGCAGAGGGGGAGCUGCAUGCACCAUUGCGGGAGAGUGUGAGAGACUCUUCUGCGGGACACUGCGAUCUGUUUUCCUUGGUGAGGGGAACUUGGGUCGUCAGGACCCGCUUGCAAUGGGUGUGCGUAAUCAUCAUCAAAUUCCUACCGAUAUCACCGACUAUGGUGUCCACGUACGACGAUAUUCGGAUAGACUUAUGGACUCGCCUUCGCCGGAAAUGGUGGGGCCUGUCCAGCAGAAGGGCUUGGUCAGUGACUGGAUCGAGGUAUGGGACUAUGUGGGCGGGAUUAGGUUCAGAGGUUUCAUCGCCGAGAAAGAGGAGGAGAAGGCCAUGUUCGUCUUCUUCGACCAGAACGUGGUUGGAGGCGACCUCAAGGCUGGCUUGAUGGCGCUCCUCGAACUCUGCGAAAUCGACUACUUCUCUUGCUCCCGUCUCGUCGUCUGCCUCGACCGAGAGACCGACCGAAGAGCUAUGGACACUCUGACUAAGGACCUUGGUUGGAUUGGCUUCCAGCUCACGACCCUUAAUGACUUUACCAGCGGAGAGGAUAUCAUCAGUGACCAGUGGAUAUUCAUGGAUAUGGAGACCUAG